GCGUGAAAUCCGGAUAGUAAGCUUGGUGUAUCGACACUUCAAAUUCGUGAUACUAUUUUGGAUUUGUUUUAUCGCCUAUUGACAAAUCUUGUUAAAUGUCAUCAAAAAAUAUAAAAGUUAGUAGAUUUAUUCAACAUUAAUGUCAAUAUUCACUCAAAUAGAAGCAAUUGUCAAAGUUUGUUAUCUGGAAUUUAACCCCGACAUAUACAUUGAAAUGGCAGCAGUUUGGCAACAAGCUCUUGCACUUGAUGCAAGAUAUAAUGCACACAGAGCCCCGAACAAUCCUCAGUUUAGGACUUUGUAUAUCAGAAGGCGCAGUCAGCUAUUGAGGGAAAAUGCCAAAAAAGAGAUGGAUCCUGCUGUAAGAAAGGAAUACUUGAAGAUGCGUGCCACUUUACUGUCACAGAGAUAUGGAGCAGUCUCUGAGGUUGGAAGUGUUCGUAGCAGAACAAGCAGUAUAUACUCUGGGAGACAUAACCUUGAGCCCUUAGAUGUAGUUCAAGGUCGCAGUUUGCCCACAUUUCAACCGACAGGUGUGGUGCCUACACAUGCUGCAGAUGCUAGCAGGGCCAUGGCUGGUGACACCAGUGUUUUUGAAAACUAUGCAUUUGCUGGAAUGCAUCAUAUAUUUGACCAGCACCAGGCAUCAGUGACACGUGUGCAAUUUGCCAAUGAUGACAAGAGCAAGUUGGCCUGUAGCUCUAUGGAUGGGCAACUAUCUAUAUGUCAUGUGACACCAGAGCCACCUGGUGUCGUAUCAGUACUAGUGGGGCACCAGGCUGGAGUAACAGAUUUCACAUGGUCAGUGUCAAAUGACAUCAUACUGUCAGUGUCAUUGGAUUGUACUGCUAGGUUGUGGAAUGUUACAUCGGGAAAGUGCAUUAGAAUUAUAGAGGAUCCACUUAGGUCAGAAGUCCAUUGUUGUCUAUUCCAACCACUCAACAAUAACUUCUUUGUUACAGGAAACAGUAAAGGUCAAGUAUAUGUAUGGAACAUGUCUACUGGCAAGGUUGUCAAGCAUGGAACUGGUCGCACUCAAGGAAAAGCAUUAUGUUUAGCAUUCCAUACAGCAGGCAGAAUACUAUGGGUGGGCGAUGACAAAGGAUUCAUAUACUCAUUUAUAUUCAAUAUUGCAACAGGAAAAAUAAGCAAAGCCAAGAAAGUAAUGGUGAAUGAAGGACAUGCGGUAACUAGUAUCCAAUUUAGGACUUGGCUUAGUAGAGAAGCUAGAGACCCCACAGUGCUAGUCAACUGUUGUGAUAACACACUUCGACUUUAUAGGGCUCAGGGAGAGGAAGGCAAUUUACAGUUGAAAAAAAAGUUUCCAGUUAAACAGCGCAGUGAACACACACGUAGCAUCUUCUGUCCUCUCAUGUCAUUCAGAAUGGGUGCCUGUGUAGUGACGGGUAGUGAAGAUAUGACUGUCUACUUCUUUGAUGUAGAACGUGAUGCCAAACCAUGCGUAAACAAACUCCAAGGUCACUCAGCAGCUGUCAUAGAUGUAUGCUUCACUCAUGAUGAGAGCCUACUUGCUUCAUGCGACUCCACUGGACUUGUAAUUGUUUGGAAACGAGAGAAAGCUGGCAAAUCAAAUGGGACUAAAGUGAAAUGAUAGUGCAAUAUACGAAGUGCCAAAUUGAAUCUGCCAAGUUCAGUGAUAUCUAUAUUACGUACCAGUUGCUCACACUGUCACCGCCUCAAAGUCUAGUCAUCGAAUAUGCUUUUUGCAACUAAAUUUAGUUAUUUUGUGCAAUAGACUAGAGGUAUGAUCGGGAACUGACCUUUUUAUAAGAAAAAAUGUACUUUUGAGGAAAUGGACUUGAUGUUUAAAACAUGCACUUGAAUAGG